ACAUCUACCUAUUGCUUCCUACCUUAUGUAUACGAGAGCACACACGCCUCACACAUGACGAUCCGAUGCAUUAUUCACUGACGACCAACAGUACCAACGCCAUGCGCGAUGCGAUAACAACUAUAGCAUCUUCUCCGAGAAACACAGAAAUAGACGGUGCACCCGUUCGUCAAAAGCGCUCGAGCGAGGCAUGCACCUACGAAUGAAAGAACCCAAAUUUCCGGUCGCCACGGCGCCGUCUCGAUCAGCACGCAAUGCAUUAUGUUCCAGAUUUCGUGAAAAUGAAGGGUCGGACGAUGCUUCAUUCUUCUUCAUCAAGGAUGCUCUCCUAGAAAUGACACUAUGAAAGGAAAAGCUCACGAUUCGUCUAUACAAGGUUUUGCGAAGCAGUACCCCGGCUGUACACUAUAUACCAGAAAAAAGUCGGGAGGAUCAGCGAUCGCUGGAGGAUCGCGAUCGGCUCGCGGAAUUUUGAGGACCCUUGUGUUCAUCGUUUUGGCUACGUUUCUCUGGCUUCAGCUUCACGUAGUCAGUUUGACUGGUCGAGAUGAUUCCGGGCAAUCGUCAAACGAAACGCUUUUCUCUCUCGUGCCUCAAGAGUUGCACAGAUUUUUAAAAGAGGGACGUAACUCGUCCACAAAUUUGGUGAAUUCUAGCUCGGGAGCGCUCACAGAACUGGAAAUCGCGGAAAUCCGUCAUAAAAUCGAGCGGGCGAAUGCGGAGCAAAGAGUGUACAAUGAGGAGGCGUUUGGACCAUUGGCCAGCGACGCUCCAAUUAUAGUUAUCCAAGUGCAUACGCGGCUCACUUAUCUACGGCACCUUAUCGUCUCACUGGCGCAAGCUAAGGACAUCGAGCAGGCUCUUCUCGUAUUUAGCCACGACGUUUGGCAUCCAGAUAUCAAUUAUCUCGUGCAAAGCGUCGACUUUUGCAGGGUUAUGCAGAUCUUCUAUCCACACAGCAUCCAGACUCAUCCUCAUACGUUUCCCGGGGAAGGACCCAACGAUUGUCCACGAAACAUUCGCAAAGAACAGGCCUUAAACUUAAAAUGCACCAACGCCAAACACCCGGACUUGUAUGGUCACUACAGGGAGGCGAAGUUUACGCAGACCAAGCAUCACUGGUGGUGGAAAGCGAAUAGGGUGUUCGAUCAAUUGUCAGUGACAAGAAAUCACACCGGGAUGGUCCUCUUUCUCGAAGAGGACCACUACGUCGCCGAAGAUUUCUUACACGUGCUUAGACUCAUGGAGCGCACUUGUAAGCUCAGUUGCGAGAGGUGCAACGUUCUAUCGUUGGGUACAUAUUUAAAGACGUACAACUAUUUUACGGAUUUUAGUCGUAAGUUCCUCGGCGUCGAUAGCGCUCUGCAAAAGGAGUUGCUGCGUGGAUUAAAACGACAAGAAGCGGCGAUGGCGCAGAGGCAGCAAAUCGGCAACGGGUUCGUCACCGUCACCGGCAGUGGUAGCGACGGCGUUAAUAACGCCGGUGGUAACGCCGCCGUCAUCGGUAACGGGAGUACCGGUAGUGGUGGCGGCGUCAGAGGCAUCGGCGUCGGCGGUGUGUCAUCCAUCUACUAUCAGAACGCGAAUACGAUGCAAGCGGCGCCCGGGUGGGCCUUUCAACUCCUGCCCAGUCUCUACAACCACUAUCAGAAGGCGGAAGUUACUCCGUGGAUAUCUAGCAAGCACAAUAUGGGCAUGGCAUUCAAUCGUGUCACAUGGAACAAGCUACGGAAAUGCGCGGCACAGUUUUGUUCCUACGACGAUUACAACUGGGACUGGAGUCUGCAGUAUAUCGCGCAAACAUGCGUACCGUCCAGUCGAGGCGCCGGAAUAGCGCCUCGCGCUGAAUCCGGAUUGAUCACAAUGACAAUGAGAGCUCCGAGAGUCUUCCAUAUCGGAGAAUGUGGAGUACAUCAUAAGAAGAAUAACUGUGAAUCGACGGCAGUGAUAGCGAAAGUCCAAAACGUCUUGAAUGCAGCGCGCAAUCAUUUGUUCCCUUCGCAAUUAACGUUAACAAUUGCCGGAACGGCGAAGAAGACGAAACUCCGUAAAGGUAAUGGUGGAUGGGGAGAUGUUCGAGAUCAUCAGCUUUGCUGGAACAUGACUAUAUCUCCAGAUUUGGAUUUGCCUUGAGAAACCUACAAACUUUGAUAUUGAUAAUGAUUGGUUCGAAUACAUAAAUUGUGAUAUGAACUGCCAGUUAUUGAAUAAUCAGGUCUAUAGCGGCAAUUCUAUCAUGAUAAUGAAAAAGAUAUAUUCGACGAUACCAUUCUAAUGGAAUGAUUAAGGAUGUCCAGUAAGAAUGAUGCAAAGAUUAUAGGAAAAACUCCGUCGUUGUACGAAUCAGAUUCGAAUUGCGCGAACGUAUUACCGUCGCUGCCAGAAACGAUCGAAGGCGAUUCUAAAACCGCUGUCACUGCCACGAAUAGAAUAUUUCUUGCGAGUAGGAAUAUUUAUAAACGUUUCUUCGAAACAAAACGUAACACUGCAUAUGCAGACAAGAGAAAACAUCUUGAUAGUGAGCUCAAAUUGGUGCUAUUUUGAAAGAAAGUGCAAUUCUUUUUUGUUUAUAUUUAGUUUGCCGAUCUGAUAAAUUAUUUAUGCCUAUUGCACUGAUGCGAAACAAGAAGACAUCACAAGCUAUGCAGCUAUAAGUGAAUCAGUAAAAGAUAUAUUUCGCGAAAAAAGAUAUUUGAAGUUAUUAUAGUAUUGACGAGAAAAUUUAUUUAUAUUAAAUAUUGCGCUGUCCACAAAUAUAGUGUGAUAAAAAUAUUCGUAAUAAGCGUUUCUUCAAUUUAUUUUGAAGCGUCAACGUGACGCGCACUCGCUUGAAAGAUGAUGUCGUAUUCUUGAAGAUUAUGCGAGAGAAUAAGAGAAAAGUGUUGUGUUAUAUGUUCGAUUAGAUUGAAACAUACAUUAUCGAUAUUCUAAAGGCCUACGAGACAGUGGAAAUGACAACAUGUAUUUAAUUUCCAUGUCGCCGUAUAAGUGAUAUAUAAAGACAAAAAGGCUGCACCCUGUACUUCUGUAAUUUCGUAAUGGAAAUAACUUUCUGCUUCCCGACUUAUUGUUAGCUUCUGCUCUUUAAGAUAUUACGCCAGCGGCGUUUAUCAGAUUCGUAAUUUCAAUUACGAAUUACGCUCAUUAUUCUAGUCAACGUGUAUAACAUAACACUAAAACUGCAGGUAUUUAAUAAUCGAUUGUAGGAAAUAAGUUCAUAAGAGUAAGGAUUUCACAUGUACUACUAGUGAUACGCCUCAAAGGCGCAUUAACGUCAUGUAACGACCUCGGGGAUACGAACGUAAUGAAUGUCUCAUGUACCUUUUAUAUUUAUAACAAUAAAAUAACAGCAA